GCAAAGUCAUCCUUCAAGCACUGGAACAUCUAUUAUAUCAUUGCCAAUCAGUUGUGAACAUACUUUUUAAUUGAGGCUGAAAAAAGGCUGCCACAGUUGUCACGUCCCCUUGCAUAAUAUAUUCCACCAAUUUUUUUUUUUUUUUAAACCCCUCCCAAAUUAGAAGGAAUUCCACCAAAUGUUAAUUGAAAUAUGCAUGUAUGUAUGAGAUGAAUAAUUUAGCUACUAGAAAGAAAUUCCUUUUCUGAAAUUAUCUUUAAUGAGGGUUACUACAUGUCCUUCUAAAGGUUUGAUUAAUUAACCCAAGCACCAUUUUUAGCUUCUUCUAGAAAAUGAUUCCUGAAUCCCAAACACCAUUGAAACUUCCUGUUUUGGACAUUUCCCAACCAUUAGACUCAUCUACUCUAUCUUCUCUUGCUGCUGCCUGCAAAGAAUGGGGCUUCUUUCAUGUUACAAAUCAUGGAAUAUCCAGUGAUGUUUACACAAAAAUUCAUUGCCUCUCCAAACACCUCUUCAACCUCCCUUCUGAGAUCAAAGUAAAAGCAGGUCCUUCCUCAUCUCUCAAAACUUAUACUCCUCAUUUCAUAGCAUCUCCCUUCUUCGAAAGCCUUAAAGUAUCUGGACCGGACUUCUUUGACUCGGCUAAGGGUUCUGCAGAUACCCUUACUGCUGAAGGGAAUUCGGAAUUCAGUGAGAUACUGCAAGAUUAUGGAGGCAAAAUGACAGAGUUAGCAAAACUCGUCCAGAAAACUGUAUUGAUGAGCUUGGGAGAAGAUGUUGGGAUGAAGUACUAUAUCUCUGAAUUUGGUAGUUGCCAUGGAUACUUGAGGAUAAAUAACUACUCGCCCCCGGAUAGUUUAGAAAAGGAAGUUGAAGGUCUUGGUAUGCACACAGAUAUGAGCUGCAUAACAAUAGUGUACCAAGAUGAACUAGGUGGCCUCCAAGUAAGAUCAAAGGAUGGGCAGUGGGUGGAUAUUUUGCCAUGUGAAGGAACUCUUGUGGUAAAUAUUGGUGACAUGCUGCAAGCUUGGAGCAAUGACAAGCUAAGAUCCUCUGAGCACCGUGUCGUUUUCAAGAAGCCAAUAAAUCGCUUUUCAUUAGCUUUCUUUUGGUGCUUUGAGGAUGAGAAGGUGAUCUUGGCACCAGAUGAAGUAGUUGGUGAAGAGAAUUCAAGAAUCUACAAGCCAUUCGUUUGCUCUGACUAUUUAAAGUUUAGAGUGAACAAUGAGAAAGGUAAAUUUGAGAAAGUUGGUUUCACAGUUAAAGAUUUUUCUGGGAUUGGAUUUUAGUAAGCCUGGUUGUCAUUCUUUAGCUUGUACAUCUCAUAUUCCAUCAUUCCAACAUAGUUACCUAGGAGUUCUGUUUGUUACAAUAAUAUAAUAUUCUGGCUUGCUAUUUGA